AUGUUUCUCAUUCGCGGUUUUCUCGGUGCCCUCUUGUCUUUACCGGCCCUGGGCCAUGUCCAUCAUUUUUACUCCGGGGUUUUCACUGGAAGUUCCUUGUAUGGAGUUGCAUUCAACGAGAAGUCUUCUCAAUUGAGCAUCAUUUACAAUGGAACUCUUGACAUCUCAAGUUCCAAGUGGAUAGCCACAGAUACGAGUAACAGAAACCUCUACAUUGCAAAUGAGAACACCUAUGAGAGUUAUGCGAUCGGCAACAAUGUCAACUUUAUCGUUGCGUCAACCGCUAAACCAUUCACUGUUUUUGGUGCUCCCUAUUCCACAGCUUGCUCUGGACAGGUUAUCAAAGUUGGAUCUUCCGGAACUUUGAAAUCGGUAGAAGCCAAUAUCACAUACGGCAGUGACUCUGGAAUCCAUGGACUUGCACUCAGCAGUGAUAACAGAUUUAUCUAUUCUGGGGAUGACAUGGGGGGUGUGUCAAAGCUUCAGCAACUUAAUAUGAGCGGCAACCCAAGACAUCUUGCUGUGUCGCCGCAGGGGUCAUUCGUUUAUGUGAUUCUCGAGCAAAACAAUCAGCUUGCUGUUUUCAACCGGGAUGAAACAACGGGCCUUAUCAGCGGAAGAAAUAAGACAUUUUCUCUGCUUCCAUCAGGCUAUUCCAACAGUUCGCUCUACUGGUCUGACGAAGUCAAGUUCUCGGUCCCACAGGACAGGGGGAAGUACCCCAAAUAUCUGUUCGCCACUGUCCGUUCCAGAACCUCUACCGACCCCGGAUUUGUGGCUGCAUACUCGCUUGACGAAACCACUGGCGCUAUCAGUGAUUCCUUGUUCAUAGUUCCCACGUCGGGAUCUGGUGGUGCCUCCAAUGCCAUAACACCCGCAAUUUUCUCAGAGGAAUAUUUUGCCAUCGCGGAUUCACAGGGGAAUUUUAUUGAAGUUUGGAAACUGGGAGAAGAUGCUACUACAGCUUCGGUUGUGGCCCACCUAGAUGUUGCCGAAAGCCCGGCUAAUAUCGCUUGGGUUGAUUAA